CUAGGGCACUCAGACAAGUGACAGAUGAGGGUCACUAUCUCUCUGCCGGACUAGAGGAGCUCCGGACCUCUGGCCCCACCGGACAGCGAAGGAAGGAGCGCUUCCGGGAACCAGGGAGCCUGCUCUGCGCAGGCGCACAAGACCACACAGCUCCCGGCCUGGCAGAGGGAGGAGUCAAGAGUCACCGGUGCCCGGCGUCACCUGGAGACAAUGAGCUCGGCGGGUUCGGGCGGUCGCCGCCAGGCACGAGUGUCUCGCCUCAUCUCGUUCAGCGCAAGCCAUCGGCUGCACAGCAAAUCCCUGAGUAAUGAGGAAAACUUGAAACUCUUUGGAAAAUGCAACAAUACAAAUGGCCAUGGGCACAAUUAUAAAGUUGUGGUGACAGUACAUGGAGAGAUUGAUCCUGUUACAGGAAUGGUUAUGAAUUUGACUGACCUAAAAAACUACAUGGAGGAAGCAAUUACAAAGCCCCUAGACCACAAGAACCUGGAUCUGGAUGUGCCAUACUUCGCUGAUGUUGUAAGCACGACAGAAAAUGUAGCUGUGUACAUCUGGGACAACCUCCAGAAAUUUCUUCCCGCGGGAGUUCUUUAUAAAGUAAAAGUAUAUGAAACUGACAAUAAUAUUGUGGUCUAUAAAGGAGAAUAGUUCUUGAGGAUUAACAUUGUAAAAAGACUAGUUUCUUUCCAUAUUUGAAAAAGAUCUUUGUCCCCUUCACUAUAAAGCAGUCAUUACAUGAUUUUUGUACCUGUGCAUUGUGUUGUGGCAUGCCUGCUUUACUGAAAUCAUUGUAAGCCCUGGUAUAAACUUGUCUGUUUUAAAAUCAAAUGUAUCUUGAACAGUUUGUUUUCUUUGUAUGGUGCUGGAGAUCAAGUCUAGGGCCUUACAUAUGUGUUCUCCCAAUGAGCUUUAUGCUAGUCCCUCUGAAUAUCACUUGAAGCGUCUUUUUUCGGUAAAAUUUUUUAAAUUUUAAA